AUGUGUCAGGUGUUUGCUGGAGAACUUUCAGCCAAUGCAACUGUGGUACUGGAGAGACUGGCUCUCAGUGACUCCGCUGUGAACAAACGUAUCAGGACUCUUGGGUAUCUUCAUGUGUUUCUUCCAAAUAUUAUGAUGUUUGUGGCCUUUGUCCUCUGGGGUGUUACUGAAGUUCUUUUGCGUCGUGCUUGGGAAUCAGUUGUACAUUAUGCCAAAUCGGACAAAAUUGUGGUAUUGGUUGUGUAUGGUGUCAUGAUUCUGUUUAUUGUCAUCGGCAUCAUUUACCUUUUGUCUAAAAAGAAGGAGAUGCCAUGCCAUGGAGCGAUAUGUAAAUGGAUAUGGGAUCAAUUAGCAAUUGCAUCUGGAUUCAUCUUUUUAAUUCUUCCUUCAUUGCAAUUUGCUAUUGUGUACUUUGCUUUUGGAGCUGCCAGAGGAGGGUAUUAUGUGUCCAUAGCUGUCCCGGUUUUCUAUUUUCUCUCAUUUUCCUGUUUGUUUAAACUACGGGGAGGGAAAAGCUGUUUAGAAUUACUCAAUAAAACAGCAUGGAUAAUCUACAUGUUUAUCAUGAAUACAGUAAUGAUUCUUUUCUACAUCACAAUACUGGCAAAUGAAAGAGAUGGUGCAGGAUGGAUCUGCAUGGCUGUUUUUCAACAAGCGCUGUGGAUGAUCGCAAUUAUUAUAUUCAUUGCCCAUCUAACCAUCACCUUUAAAAAGAUGUUGUAUGUGUUUGGAUCAGUUGGUGUUGUUGUACUGAACUCUGUUACACUGAUGACUGAACUGAUGCUGAAAACAGUAAAUGGUGAGCGUGCAGUGGGGGAUCUGAGAGUCAUCGUCUUUUCCUCUGAAAGCCUCUUUGCCUUUUCUCUGCUGAUUUUACUCAUGUUUGGACCCUGGAUUUCAGACAUGAAGUGUCUGCAGUGUUUUCAGGAAGCAGCAAGGCCUCUUGACGUUCCAGUCACCAGAUCAGACCAGAACCAGGAUUCUCAGAAUUCAGCAAGAUCUCAAGAAACUCCAACUAAUGGAUUAAACCAGCAUCAGAAAACUGCAGAAUUGCAUGAAAUAAUUCCUCUAAUGAAUAAAGACGAGGAGGCUAAUAGGAGUGACAUGACAGAAACUGUUUCAGUGGUAUCACAAACAUGAUCGUAAAUGAUAUAAAAAGACAAGAUUUAUAUUAAACUGAACAUAUUUUUAUUGAUGGGUUGUCCAAAACUGGACAAAACUAUAUUGAAAUAGUUGUUUCAUACUAGGAAUUAAUAUGUUAAUUUAAAACCACAAACUCAUUUUUUCAGGCCUCAAACUUUGUAGCAAUGUGAUAUUAUUGUGGCCUAUUCAGUGCACCCAAUUAUUACAAGCAUCUGUCCAACUAUGCAAUCUCUGACAUGAAGGUCAACUCUAAUUCUGGCUGACUUAAGCCUAUCUGAAAAAAUUA